AUACUAUCAUUGUCCAUACUUAUUAUACUCGUAGUAUCGGCCUGCCGAUAUCUUCAAUUCUUUACAAUAUACCCUUUCUUCACAUCGUCGACCCAUAACGAACUCUUUCGCUAUGGCAGCCCUCGCGAUUCCCGAUGCUGGCCUCCUUUUGGAGAGCUCGCCAACCUCGAGCGAUUACCUCCCGUUACAAGCCUUCGGUAUCACGUUGAAUGACAGCGUGAUUGAGGAUAUGAUAAAAUGUGUACAAGGGGGUCAAGAGAUUGAAUUGACCCUAGGAAGUAAUCCUAGCUUAACUUUUGGUUCGACAGAACAAAAAGUCAAAACAAAUUCGCUGUCAUACGAUUACGACUUGUAUCUCACGAAACCAGAAGAAUCGGCAAGCAAAGCACAACGAUUACCAAAUCCCACCAUGUGCAUUCUUAGCAAGCCACCCGCCAGUAUCCUGGCGACCCGAGCAGCCAACAACAAAAUCAAAGAGACUAAACGAAUCACCAAGCCUAAGCCUUUACCUGCGGGAAGGACCGCCAUGGCCGGCGCAUUGUCAAGUUCUUCCACCAGAUCGCUACCAACGAGUCCUGCACUUAACGGGGUGUCCUCGCCGAACCCAGCCUUUUCCGCCUCCCAACAGCUCCUGGAAAAGAACAAGAACCAAAGGAGUAUUCUAGUCCACGAAUUGGCCUCGAGAGAUCGGACAUACGAAUAUCUCUCUGAGAUUUGGAAAGGUGCCGAAGCAGAUCUCAAGCGAAAUGUGGAGAAGAUCGCCAAUUAUGAUUCCUCGACAAAGAAGUACAGUCUGCGACCGGUGUUCUGGAAGGAGCUGGACGUAUGGAACUACGAUUAUCGCAAUGAAGAGGAUCGCCGCGCGGCAAUUGACAACGCCAUUAGGCAGUACGACAAGUCACGCCUUCCGACCUCUGCAGUCGAGUGGGAGAAGUUGCUUACCCCUUCUGAGCGAGGCAAGGGUAUCGUCUUGAGCAAGCUGCAGGCGACUCUUGCAAAGGGAAAUGUAACACCAACCCCUCGGGUUGGCAUGAAGAAAUCGGAGGAUGGUAAUAAGAGUGACGUUGAUACCAAGGCAAAGGGCGAGGCCAUGGCCCGGUCUAAUUCGCAGCCGCUAGGAAGCAAGGCGAAGAAGGUCAGCGAGCGCGAAGCGCAGACGAAGCGCUUAUUCUCAAACAACCCCAAGAAGCCCGCUCCGAAAAAGCCGGUCAGCAAGGCCAAGCCAGCCGAAGAAAAGGGCAAGAAAUUCCUUUCUGAUGAAAAAGUGAUCGACUCUGAAAGCAGCGGGGACGAUAGGCCAGUAUCCAGAGCUAGUUCGAUCCAAUCAGCGUCGAAGCCUGUUGAGAGGCCUAUCAAGAAGCCUGCUGAGAAGCCCGUGGAGAGAUCUACCGAGAAGCCUGUCGAAAAACCUGCUGAGAGGCCUGCUGAGAAACGAAUCGAGAAGCCAGUGGAGAAACCGGUGGAGAAAGUGGUAGAGAAGCCCAAGGAGAAACCUGCCCCACCGAAAGCGAAGCCUGUGGUUCGAGCACCCCGCGCUCCCGUGAAACCUACCAGCUUGACCUCGCAGAAACGGCCCCGUGAAGACGAUGAUAGCAGCUCGAGCUCAGGGGCCCCGCUUAGCAAGCGAAUCAAGCCAAAGGAGCCUCCUAAGCCAUUGUCCAAUGUCACCAACCUGAAGCACCGCCCUUCAGACGCGAGCCAGAGCUCGAGAAACGCCGCCGUGGGAGGAACAUCUUCCAAUAUCUCGAUGAGAAGCAAGAAUACGUCACCGACCAAGUCAUCGCCACUUGCUUCCUCGCCGCCGACGAAUGCCUCCGACCUCGAAGAUCAUCAGGCGCCUGCGCGCCAGACCAAGCCACCCGUCCGUAACGGGGAGCGUGCCGCUAACGGGGUGGCAAAUGGUAACUCGACAAGUACGAAUCAGAACAAGAAGCGCAAAGAUCGGGAUACCGAUCAGUAUUCCUCGCAGCAAGCCGCUCCGAACAAGAAGCCGCGCGUGUCGCCCGACGUACUGGUCAAGGCGAAGAAGUUUACAAGAUUUUACGAGCGGUACGAGGCAUUGCAUUACGAGAUCGCGGCGCUUAAGGAGCCGCCGGAGGAUAAGCUAGCGGACCUGAUAGACAUGCGGGAGCGACUUUCCAUUAUGAAGUCGGAGAUCUCACAGGCAGUGGCGUCAUACUAAUAAUGUGUUACGAAUUCUGUCCAUUGCCAGCAUAUUGAUCGGGUGGGGUGAGCCAGUCAGGAUGCGGACUCAAAUUUGGAGAUUUUAUUGGGCGUGGAA